UGAAACAUCAAAAAAAAAUGAAUCAACAAAUGAACCCCCAAAAAAAGAUGUAUCAAACAAAUCCCCGGAAAAGAAUAAUUCAGAUGAACUUCCGGCAGAUAAAGCUUCAUCGGUCGAAUCAGGUGCUGAAAAAGUUGCGCGUACGGUGACCGAUCUUGCUAACAAAAUGCUAGUCCAAAACCCAAAUACUAGUACUUCCGAUCCCUCU